AUGAGUUCAGAAGAGAAGGAGAGUAGAAAAGCCACGGCAGUUCCAACGGCAGUUGCCACCGAAAGCCCGCAAUCGGGAGAUGAAAACCAAGAUGAGGAACUGACCAUUGUUGAAGAGUACAAACUCUGGCGAAAGAAUUGUCGUUACAUGUAUGAUUUUAUCAGCGAGACUGCAUUGACCUGGCCGUCAUUAUCCAUCCAAUGGGUUCCUAAAGGCACUUUUGAAAACAAGACGAAAGAUACAAAGUAUGCCACUUUGAGAAACAUCUUACUCACAACACAUACGUCCGGAGAGGACAUCAACUAUUUAAAAAUUGCAUCCAUGCAGGUGCCUAAAUCGAUUUUCCCUGAAGCAGAGCCGAUGACACCCGAGGAAAUGCAGACUGUGAACUCACGACUCAAGAUUUCAAAGAAAUUUGAGCAGAAUUGUGAGAUAAACCGUGCAAGAUACAUGCCACAGCAUCCCCACAGUGUGGCUACAAUCAAUGGCCAGGGAGACACGUAUGUUUACGAAUUGGACAGUAAAAUGAACGAGGAAUUCAAAACUACACUCGUUCAUCAUAAGGCAAAUGGAUUUGGACUUUCAUGGAAUCCAGUGGUGACAGGAGAGCUUCUUACUUCGAGCGAUGACAAUACCGUAGCAUUGUGGGACUACAAGACCCAGAAAAAGGAACCAAUGCUGAAACCGACUCAUGUAUACGAUAAUCAUACUGAUAUUGUGAACGAUGUCAGAUGGCAUAAUUUUUCAGGAAAUACGUUUGGAUCUGUUUCUGAAGACAAGAAAUUCGUGUACAUGGAUAAGAGAGUUUCUUCACCUUCCAUUAGCACUGCUCUAAGUGAUAAUACGUCAUUUAAUACACUCUGCUUUUCGAAAUUCUCAGAAAAUUUGUUCGCACUGGGAGGAGAAGACUCUAACGUGUAUCUCUACGAUCUAAGAGACACCAGUAGACAACUACAUAUUAUGAUGGGCCAUACUAAGCCAAUUACUAAUGUGGAAUGGGAUCCAUUCCAUGAAAAUGUAGUGGCGUCAUCAUCAAUGGACAGAAGAAUUAUUUUGUGGGACAUCAAUAAGAUUGGCGAGGAGCAAUUACCGGACGAAAUGGAAGACGGUGUACCUGAGCUACUUCUGAUGCACGGAGGACAUACGGGUGGUGUCAAUGAUUUCCAGUUCAGUACUGAGAUUCCUUGGUGCGUGGCAAGUUGUUCUGACGAUAAUAUUGUUCACGUUUGGAAAGUGAGCCGCAAAGUUUUGGAGGAAAACGGCGAAGAUGGCUAUAAGAUCGAUGUAGAUGUUAGUGAUUUAGAGUAA